AUGUUUCCAUUUAUGAUGGGAGAUCAUAUUUUUCAACAAUGCUAUAGAAUGUAUCCUUGGGUGGCGAUAGAGCUUAUUGAGUUAUUGAGACCAUUUUUGGAAGAUCACUCAAGAGGAAUACCACCACAUCUUCAAGUGCUUGCAGUUCUUCGCUUCCUUGCUGAAGGUUCCUACCAAAAAGGAGCUUGUUAUGAUUUAUAUCAUCCGAUGAGCCAAAUAACUUUUAGCAAAUACCUUCACCAUGUAGUGCCUGCUAUUCUUCGAUUAUCUAAUUUGUUUGUGAAGUUCCCUUCGAUAAGAGAAGAACGUGAGAUUGUCCAGCAAGGGUUCGAAGAGCGCUUGGGAUUUCCUGGAGUACUGGGUGCCAUAGACUGUACCCUCCCAAAAAUUCGUGGUCCUGUGGAUCACGAAGAAGCAUACUUGAAUUACAAGCACGAACAUUCUUUUUGUGUGCAAACAAUUUGUGACGUCAAUUACAAUAUUUUAAAUAUGAGGGUAUGUAGUGGAUCUACAAAUGAUAGAUUUGUUUGGAAAUAA